AUACCAAUGCCGUCUUGCCUGCACUGACUGAAAAGACUGACACAGCAAGUGCUACAAACACCAGCGCCGCCACCGGCCCCAAACGCAAGACCAGAGCCGCAAUGAGGUUCACAUAUCGGAAAACUUGAAGUCGAACCCGGGUCCACCGCGUCACCGAAUCGGUUUGCCGCUUUUUGCACCAGGCUUAGCGCACGUACAUUGCUGCGAGCAGGAUACUAGCCAGACUCAAGUCCAUUGUGAAGAGUAACCAGCUGAUGGCAAUGAAUGUCCGAGCAUGCUCCGGUGUUAGGCCGGGUUUUCGGUCGUCUCGGGGACAGCUUGGAAAAUGCACUGAAAGGUGAUGGACCCGCCAAAGGCCGCAAAGGCAACGACUGCGGCGAAGAAUGAAUUUAUCUUUGGACGAGCCUGUGGGAGACAUCAAGGAACCAGCGCUGCUACUGGUCGUGACUUGAGCCAAGUUAGACCGUCCCUGGGCGAAGUCCCUUCUCUUAAUCCGGAAGACUUCAGGAGCGGUCUUGGACUUGUUGUGCGAUUCCAGCUCCUCGAGGAUGAGCUGGAGCAGUUGCUCGGAUUUCGACUCGUUGUGAUCAGCGACGAAAGUGCGCGAGCUCCGACAGCUGGCAACAUUCGGCUCAAGGUAAUGCAUCUCCAUGUCGCUCGACAUAUCUUUUUGGGGUGUUGUCAGUACCAGGUGAAUGGCAAUGUUGGUUCGUAUAUCAAAGAUUGCUGUCGUGAUCUGCUUCAUGGUGAAUAAUGCGCUGCUACUAUUGCUGCCGAGUGGGUUGACGAAUGUAGCAGCUUGACUCCAUGCUCAACAGCCUCAUAUAUACACAGGUGCUAGGCGACCUCCCUCUCAAUGAGUGUUGUGCAGCGCUUCAACAACAUUGCUCUGAGGGC